GCCCACGCAACACUUCUCGCCCUUCAACCUCAGAAAACGAAACCAUGCUCUUGCCUUUUCCGGUCGUGCUUUCAACUUGGUUCCUGUCAUCCUUUUAUGGCCCAUGAGCGUAUCUUAUAUGAGGAAAAGACCGAUAUUCAUUUACUCCUCGUCAUCAUCCUGAGCAAAUGCCCUCAUGAUCUGCAGUCCUUCCUGGGCAUCCUCAUCCCCCAGGGCUUCAAUCCAAAGGCCGUCAUAAAAGAAGUCCAUCCGCCGUACGACUUGACCACCUACUUCUCAGCGGGGCUGAGACCAGCGGGCUCUAUCGUGUAAGGUAUGGUUAGCGUAUGUUCUCCCAUAGAUGCGCCU